AUGUCUACCACCCCUGCCAAGAAGGAGUUCCUUUGUAUCCUGCCGGAUAAGCCUGGUGCCCAACCUAAACGUCUGGAGGUCCGGCCAUCUCACCUCGCAGGCGUCAAGCCUCUUGUUGCUUCUGGCACUGUCUUGGCUGGUGGAGCAAUGUUCCACUCUCACGCGGCUGAGGGCGAGACCCCUUCUUUUAAGGGCAGCAUGCUACUUAUUCUUGCCGAAAACGAAGCCGAAGUCCGCAAUACUCUGGCAAAGGAUAUCUAUGCUGAGACCGGGGUUUGGGAUCUUAAGAAUGCCCAAAUUAUUCCAUUCGUGUCUGCCGUGCGUACGGCUCUUUGA